AUGACACGAGACGGGUGGUCGGCUCUGGUGCUGGCUCGGCGCAAGCCCAACGCUCUUCCCCGGGAAUGCUCGUCAAUAGAAUCGGAGCUGCCUGGUCGCCGACGCGUGUGGCUGAAUGUUUUGCUUUGGCCGGCGCUGGCCUCGAGACUUGUCCACGGUAGAAGAAGGGCAAAUGCUCUUUUAGAACAUCUCCAAUGGUACUCGUAUCCGUCUCGUCCUUCUCAUCUGAUUCUUAAGGGAAUCACAUUGAAGCUAGCUUCAGGCUCAAAGGUUGCACUUGUUGGUCCAAGUGGUGGUGGAAAUACUACAAUUGCAUAUUUGAUUGAAAGGUUCUAUGACCCUAUAAAGGGAAGGAUCUUGCUAAAUGGAGUGCCUCUGGUAGAAAUUUCACAUCAAUAUCUCCAUCAAAUGGUAAGCAUAGUUAGCCAGGAGCCUACACUCUUCAACUGCCAUAUUGAAGAGAACAUUGCUUAUGGAUUGGAGGGCAAAGCGAGCUCCGCCGACGUUGCGAACGCGACUAAAAUGACGAACGCGCAUGACUUCAUAUGCGGCUUCCCGGACCAGUACAAGACGAUCGUCGGAGAGCGCGCCAUCAGGUUAUCCGGCGGGCAGAAGCAGCGGGUCGCCAUCGCGAGAGCUCUGCUGAUGAACCCGCGGGUGCUCCUCCUGGACGAAGCCACCAGCGCCCUGGACGCCGAGAGCGAAGACCUUGUUCAGGUUGUGGCUGUGGUCAGGAUGGUGGAAGUUCAUCGGAGCCUUGAUGCAAGUGGAACAUGA